CGCUGCCUGAUGGGAGAGCGAUUCAAACGCUGCGCGGCGCGCCUUGUCUGUCAUUGUCCCGGCCCAGCCCGGCCCGCAGGCGCCCGGAUCCGUGGCCGCGCGAUAUGGACGCGUCCGAGCCGGGGAAGGCGGUAGCGGCGGAGGCCGGCACCCACCUCGCCAGCACCACCACCCUUUCGCGGGGCCCGGCCGCGGGCCGCAGCCGCCUGCUCUUCGGGCACACCCCUCGGCGCAGAGCCGCCCCGCCCAGCCCGGCGCCGCAGGAAAAUGCCGAUCCUCAGAAGAUGGCCUUCCUUCUGCGCAAGCAGUGGGCCUUGUACAGCGUGACACCUCUCUACAAAUUUUCCUAUGCAAAUAUGAAGGAGUAUUCUAGACAUCUGAGUGCCUUUGUUGCUGCUGAAAAGCAGAAAGGACUUGCUAUGGUAGUGGGGAUUGAUCUUAGUAUCAAAGUGAUUUUCUCAACUCUUCUAGGCCUAAAAGGUACUGAUCGGGACCAGGCUGCAAUUCUUGUUCAGAUUGCAUCAAAAACCCAGACGACAUCUGGAAAGGAGGAAGAAAAGGUGGUGUGGUCAGGCUGGUUCUGCUGUGUGUUUGGGGAUGAACUUUUGGAGAAUGUUCCAGAGGAUUUUAUCUGUUUACCCCUGUUUCUUGCAAAUGGGGCAGAGACUUAUACAGCCAUUAUUGGAACCUGGUUUCAGAAGACUUUUGACUGUUGUUUCAGUCGUUUAGCCAUCAGCCCACUUAAUCUUGCUUGGAUGGCUGCAAUGUGGACUGGAUACAAAGUGGACAGUCAUGCAGUUGCAACAGAACUUAUUUUCUCUGUGCCCUGUAUUCCUCAGCGUUUGGACAUCUCCUAUGCCAUACAUCCAGAGGAUGCACAAGCCCUUUGGGACACAGUCCAGAACACCCAGGGGGAGGUCACUCAAGAAGAAGUGGACUUAUUUAUGGACUGUCUUUACUCUCACUUCCACAGACACUUUAAGAUCCACUUGUCAGCUACAAGACUAGUGAAAGUCUCUACAUCCAUAGCCUCAGUGCACAGUGAUGGCAACCUAAAGAUUCUACAAAGCAAAUACCUAAUUGGAGUGUUGAUGCUUCUAACAGAACUGGCAAUCUUACAAAUACAAUGAAACUUUGUAAUAUAGAUACUUUUUAGCCAUCUGCACAGAUUCUUCCCUGAGACACACCUACUGAUGAAAACUGACUCUUCUUGUAGAUUUUUUUUUACUUCCUCACGUAAUCGAUUCAUUGUCCAAAGUGAGAAUUUUAACAUGCUCAUGCGUUUUGAACUCUAUAACUCCUGGACUGACACCUUUUUCUGGUAACAUUCAAAGUUCACAGGAAAACACUUUGCUGUAAUAAGAUCAUUGUAAUAAAGUAGUAUUUUAAAGUCA